AACCGCUGCCUAGCUGAUAGGUGCAGAGAAGCAGUUAUACAGGGACCAAACAGUGCACUGACUGUAUUUGCUUUUCAGUGACUGGAUCUGCUUCAUCUUAACUGUUAACAGGUCCCAUUUAGGAGAGAAACUCCUGAUCUGUUCAGCAAAAUUUCUGAGAUUGUUCUACUUUUCUACAGUCAUCAUAAUUUCAAUCCUGUAGUUUGCAAAGGGUCUUCAGAUUUUGGCAUUUAUGCUCCAUUUGACUGGGAAGCCUACAAUGAUGGUUUUUAGAGCUAAAUGUAAUUUCUUCUAUUACCAUUGCCCCAUGUAUGCAGUUGGUUGACAAAUGCAGUGCCUGUAUGUUAUGAAUUAUUACAUGCUGGGGUGCCUUUCCUCCUCGGUCUGCAGCUUUAUUCUACUGGAUGCUGAGUGUCACAGCUGGAGGGCAUUAAAAUGAUUCUGGCUCUGUCUUUUCAUUUUUCUUCUUGGAUUGUCCUGCAGAGGUCCUAAGAAAAGUAAAUCUUUUGACAGAGGAGUUCCCCUUUUCAUUUCCUACUCUGCUUUGAGAACCAGACUAUUUGGGGAGCUAGUUUGGGGAUAUACCAACAUGGAUCCGAGCAGCGAUUACCAGUUCCUCAAUGAGAUUCUGGGAAAAACAGUGAAAAUCACCUUGAAAUGUGGCAUCUUCCAGGGAAUAUUGCAGCAUGUGGAUUCCAGCAGAAGUAUCGUUCUGAGCAGAGUGAAGAACUUGGAAACAGGCAGAAGCAUGCCAGGUGUGAAGAUGUUUUUUGGUUAUGAAAUUGUGAAUGUGGAAUUGCUGGAGGAACUGGAACAAGCUGCAACUCCCAUCAGGGACAGUCUAGAUACUGGAGGAACUGGAAUGGAGAGGGGAGAACCAGCAGAGCACAGCCCACAGAGUUCUACUUGCAUUUCCCCAAAGAGCCGGGUCACCACCCUGAGUAACUUAAAAUAUACCCUGGCAGAGGAGGAAGAAGAGGAAAAUAUGGAGUACAUAGUCAUUGAUCAAUUCCAGCAGAAAUUUGGUCCCGCUAUGCUGCACAUCAAAAAACAGUGUGUUUUUGGUGUGGCAGCAGAGGGUGUUAAUCUGUGUCGUCAUGGAAGACUCUGCUGGCUUCAGGUAGCCACGAGGAGUCGGGUUUUUUUAUUUGAUAUUUUCCUUCUGGGGCCUCGAGUUUUCAAAAAUGGACUGCAAAUGGUGCUGGAAGACAAGAACAUUUUGAAAGUCAUCCAUGACUGCCGUUUGAUCUCAGACUGCCUCUCACACCAGUAUGGAGUCAUUCUUUCCAACGUGUUUGAUACACAGGUUGCUGAUGUCCUGCAUUUCUCCAGUAUAACAGGUGGGUUCCUUCCACAUCGGAUCAGCUCCCUACAGGAGUGCUUGAUGCGACACCUCAAGAUGUCCCCCAGAAAGGUGUCCUUCCUGGUGUACAGGCAGCAGGCUGUUCAAGAGACCCCUGAUAUAUGGUUUGUGAGACCUCUUCCACCUUCGCUGCUGAAAGUGUUGGCUCUGGAAACCGUUUACCUUCUACCUCUCCGCUUGUGGCUAAUGGAUGAGAUGAUGUCUGACUUAACAACCUUGGUGGAUGGAUACUUAAAUGCAUAUCGGGAGGGGUCUGCAGAUCUGCUGGGGAGCACAGAGACCUCUUGUAUGGAGCUGCCAGAGGAGCUGCAUCAGCUGGCAGAUUUCCAAAAGUUGCGAAGAGAGACAGCAUUAAAAAAGUACAAGGUAAAUGAGGAGGGUCUCUUGAUCAGACCACCUCUGGAAUCCAAAGGAAAGAAGGCAGUGGAGGUGGAAGAAAAACAAGGAGAGGAUAGUGGUUGGCUUUCUUCUAAUGGAGCAGCCUUACAAAAGACAUCCUUCCAUCCCCAAGAUCCACUUCAUCAAAAUUAUGAUGAGCAAAAGCAAGUGGUAGAUCACUGGGAAAAUAAAAAGUCUAUAAUUGGCUGUAAAAAUCCACCCUUGGAAAUGGAGGCAGGAGCAAGAGACUUGAUCAGCUGGAACUCUGUAUCAGAGAACAACAAAGCAACGGGGAAGGGAUUCUCUCCAAUGCAGAAACCUCACACACAGGCUGCUCGAUCUUUAAAAGAAGAGAUAAGUCUAUUGUUCAUGGGAAACAAGGAUGAAGACUUACUUUGUGCAAAGCAAAGCGCCAUUGUGUCUGCCUAUACCCCUCCAAAAAUUAGCCGUUCUUUUCAAGAUUCAUUCCAGGUUCCACGGCAGCCCUCGCUUUCUGUACUGCCUCCUUGCCCAGUCCUAGAGACUCUUGGUUUGUGGCAGAACCCAUCUUCGAAGAUGACCCAGACCCACAUUUCCCAUUUCCCAGUAAGGCCAGAAGGGGAAAGGAAUUCCGCUGUUCGCUUUGCCUUCCCUUCAGGUCUCAGCUCCCGGAUGCCGGCACCAAGCCCUGCAGGAAAAUAGCAGAAUUAUUUUUAUUACUCUUUCAAAAAAAGAAAAUAUAAUUGUCUCCACUGUCCUGUCUGUACAAGUGUCUUCGAGAAUUUUUAGGUAUUGGAGAAAAAUAUUUCAUUUCUAUGUUCCCCACUGGUUGAAAUAGUUCUACAGAACUUUCACCCAGUUCUAGCAAAGUUUUUGUAGUGCAGACGAGGCCCUACUGUGGAUAUAGCUUGCUGGUAUAGUUUAUAUCAGUUCCCUGAACAAAAUAAGCUAUAAUAGCAAAAGCACUCUUGCGCAGGUAUAACUGCAUUUUACAUAGGACUUUUGCUGGUAUAAAAAAAUCACAUCCCUAAAUGACAUUACUAUAUCUGCAAAAGUUUCUAGUGUAGACCUGGCCUCAGUGUGACAACACUAAUGUAGAUUCAGCUCCAUCAUUUUCACAAACUGCUAAAGUAACUGAGCUGUGUAGCAUGGGAUUGUUCAAGAUUGUCCAUGAUUUGGUAAAUACAUAUAUUUAAGUAUUGCAUGGUCAGCACUUUUGAUAUUUUGGAAAAGAAAAUCACCUCAUUCUGUUGGGAGUGGGGGGAGAAAUGAGAAGGUUGUGUUGUGAAGUUUUGUGGCUGGUUGUCUCCAGUAAGAUUUCACUGAGCACUAACAGUGUACAUAACAGGAAGGAGGUGUGGUUCUCUGUCCCAAGAAGAUUGCAAUCUUUGGUCCCCUCAUUCUUAGAUUGCAGAGUUACAUUCAUGAAAUGUGAGUCUGUUUCACUAUCAUAUGGAAUCCAGGGUUGGUGCUUUUGAAUGUAUAAAAAUACUUGUUUGAGUUGUGUUGACUGGGACACAAACUGUUGAGUCAUUGAUUUCCAGUUGUCAGCCUGUGAUGUAUAUGUGCAUUUUUGAAGUAUUAUUGCCAGGGAAAACAAACUCCAUAUAUUUUUACAAACAAUACUAAACUAGCAGUUCCCAAAUAGGACUUUCUUUUGGUACUGGCUUACUUUUUUUCAUUGUUGUGUGGAAGGUGUUUCAGAGGUGGAUUAUGCUCCCUAUAUCAGUGCAUUUUGGGGCUAAAGAGAGACAAGCUUCCACAAGUUCUCUGAAACAUUUACAGUGCUCUGAAUUUAAGAAAAAAAAUCCAGGGUCUGCAGUCAUGGUUUAAAUAGAAAAAUAAAAUCAGUUUGAAACAAGCUUCUCAAUUUUUUUAGUUUUUUAAACUUAAACUCAAGGCUCUGAAAACCAGACACUACAGAGUUAAGGUGAACACCCACCUAACCUUAACUCUGCCCUCUGGAGCUGGCAAUGGGAAUAAUCUGUGUGUGCUCAAGCUCUGUUCAUUAUAUUAUAAGUUGCUGUAUUGAAUAAUGGAGGGAUGAGUUGGAGAAGUUUGGCUGAGCUGUGAGAUGAGGCAACCUGGGGGGGGGGUCCUUCCUCUCUGAGGGGGUUUCCUGAGUGCUCUGCCUGACCCUUGCCCCAUGUGUGUGAUAAAUGCAUAAUUCCCCUGCGGGUUGCAGUUUAGCAUCUCUAGAAUGGUGGCAGUUAUUCAAGCACAUACUAGCUUGCAUAACAGUAGCAGUGAAGCUUCAGCAGCAAAGGCUCUACAGCCCUGUCUGAGACCCUGGAUACGUACUUGAGAAUCUAGCUUGUGCUGCCACCCCUGCUAGGGUGGCUUCACUGCUAUUGGUAUUUGAGCUAACUAAAUCAAAGCUAACUUGGGUAUGUCAACUCAUUCUUCAGUCACACCUGUUUGCAGUUGUCAUAAACAUACAGCUAAGAGUAACCUAGAAUUCCUCCUUACCUGUAAGGGGUUAAAAAGCUCAAAUAGCCUGGUUGGCACCUGACCAACAGGACCAAUGGGGAAAGAAGAUACUUUCAAAUCUUGGGAGAGGGGAAGGUUUUGUUUGAGCUCUUUGUUUUGUGUGGGGGUUCUCUCUUGGGACUGAGAGGGGUCAGACAGAAAUCCAUCUUCUCCAACCCAUCCCAAUCCAAGUCUCCAAUGUUGCAACCAAUAUAGGUAAACCAGGCAAGGUGAAUUAGUUUAUCUUUUGUUUUUCUUGUGAAUUUUCCCUGUGCUAAGAGGGAGGUUUAUUCCUGUUUUCUGUAACUUUAAGGUUUUGCCCAGAGGGGGAUCCUCUGUGUUUUGAAUCUGAAUACCCUGUAAAGUAUUUUCCAUUCUGAUU